UUACUACUCACUUAACUUGAGGUUCUUUGUUAUACGUAAAAUAAGAUCUUAUAAAUUUCAUUUCAUUACGCGUACACUUUAGAAAUACAAUACGGAAUAUCUAUCUAUCUCUCUCUUUCCGUAUCCUCUAUCGAAAAAUACUAAUAACCAACAAUUAAAUCAAUCAAACUCAACACAAUACAAUACAAUACCUCAAAAAUGGCCACCCCAGAUCUCCCAAAAACCAUCAAAUCCCUCAUCCAACCCGACAUCCACAGCCCCAAACUAAUCCUCACCGAAAUCCCCCUUCCAACACCCACCCCAGGAACAACCGAACAUCUCAUCCGCGUCCAAAGCACCUCUCCCUGCUCAGGCGAACUAACCUGGAGCGCCUCCAUCGCCCAAUACGCCGCCAUCUCCCCCGAAUACAGCAAAUACGCCUCCGCACCGCACCGUCUACAAGUCCCCUGCUACGACCUCUCAGGCACAGUGGUCCUCGCACCAGAAAACUCACCCUUUCCCCCCGGCACAGAAAUCUACACGCGAACUUCAUUUGCGCGACCCGGAAACGCAAGGGAAUAUACUAUAGCGCUACAAGAAGAACUCGCGCGUAAACCGGCAAAUUUAUCCUGGGAAGAAGCGGCGUCUAUUCCGCUAAGUGCGUUUACGGCGUGGCAGGCUCUGUUUGUGCAUGGGGUGUUAGGUGUAUGCGGAUGAUGCGAAGGAGGAGAAUGG